AUGCUGACUAAACUCUGCAACCUUGCUGUUUACAGUGCUACAUUCCUCAGUCUUUUUGCCAUAGAUUACGUUCUGGGAAAUGGUUUAACAGAUAUAAUACAGAAGUUUGGUUGUAAAAUGUUCUGUUUAGUUAAAAGUUCUAUAAACGAAGAGUCGAAAAAGGUUAAGGAGUUUGAUGGAGAGCAUAAUUCUAGUAAUUUUCCGGUUUUGUGCGUCGAAAUCAUGUGUCUAGGUGCGACCAUAGUGUUUUUAAACAAAUACAAGCAAAUUCGCGGCAAGGACAGAAUUGAUGAGCUCCUGCAAGAGAGUAGGGAGGCGUUGCGACAAACGAACGAGUUCCUUGAAAAAUGGAGACUGAGACGGGUACCUAAGGAUUGCUCCUAUUUGGAUGAAGAGCCCCAGGAGAUAACACCCUUGAAGCUUGAGGUGCCAAUACUUCAUAUGGCUAUAGUUGAUACUCUUGGAACAACUCGGAAUCAGCCUGAAAGAGGUGAUGCUGGAGACACCAUUAAUAUCACAGAUUCGACGCUGCUAUCAAUGACCUCUAUACUCAAUGAUGACCUUGAAAUGAUAACAGACCAUCCCCUUGAAGAUAGCGACACACACAGCUUUGUGUAUGCAAAUCGAGGCUUAUGGGACCUCCUAGAAGAAGAUUUGGUUUCUGAAAAUUGA